AUGAAGCUCAUUACACUUUUGACUGUAACUGAAAAGCCGAUUUUGGUGUUUGGAAGCCUUAAUGCCAUGUUCUGGCCAACAUCCCAGAAUAACCCACGACUAUUGAGUCUCGAGUUGACUCCAGAAUCUUUGUAUGAGAGUAUUUUAGGGAUGGUUGGAGAUAUUAGUGCUGUUGUAACAGCUGUUGAAACUGACAAUCAAAGAGAUGAAGACCCAGUAGAACAUGCGAAUGGAAAGUCACAAACCUCUUGGUGUCUGAAAGGAUCCUUGGGACCUCAUGCACAUCUGCGGAAACUGGAUGGAGAGAUUUGGGGAAGCAUGGACUCUUUAGCUGGCUUAGUUCUCUAUGGAGUCAGCUUGCUCCUUUCUGGAACAGUGGACAGUGCCAUGGACCUGAUCUUGAUCAAUUCCCUACCUCUCGUGUCUGAUGCGGAAACAUCCCUCACCUGCAUCGCCACUGGAUGGCGCCCCCAUGAGCCCAUCACCAUAGGAAGGGACUUUGAAGCCUUAAUGAACCAGCACCAGGAUCCACUGGAAGUUACUCAAGAUGUGACCAGAGAAUGGGCUAAAAAAGUCGUUUGGAAGAGAGAAAAGGCUAGUGAAAUCAAUGGUGCGUAUUUCUGUGAAGGGCGAGUUCGAGGAGAAGCAAUAAGGAUACGGACCAUGAAGAUGCGCCAGCAAGCUUCCUUCCUACCAGCUACUUUAACCAUGACUGUGGACAGGGGAGAUAACGUGAACAUAUCUUUCAAAAAGGUGUUGAUUAGAGAAGAAGAUGCAGUGAUUUACAAAAAUGGUUCCUUCAUCCACUCAGUGCCCCGGCACGAAGUACCUGAUAUUUUAGAAGUGCAUCUGCCUCAUGCUCAGCCCCAGGAUGCUGGAGUGUACUCAGCCAGGUACAUAGGAGGAAACCUCUUCACCUCGGCCUUCACCAGGCUGAUAGUCCGGAGAUGUGAAGCUCAGAAGUGGGGACCUGAAUGCAACCGCGUCUGCACUGUUUGUAUGAACAACGGUAUCUGCCAUGAGGAUACAGGAGAAUGCAUUUGCCCACCUGGGUUUAUGGGGAGGACAUGUGAGAAGGCUUGCGAACUGCACACAUUCGGCAGAACUUGUAAAGAAAGGUGUAGUGGACCGGAGGGAUGCAAGUCGUAUGUAUUCUGUCUCCCAGACCCCUACGGGUGUUCCUGUGCCACAGGGUGGCAGGGUCUGCAGUGCAAUGAAGCGUGCCAGCCUGGUUAUUAUGGGCCAGACUGUAAGCUUACAUGCAGGUGCAGCCACGGGGAGACGUGUGAUCGGUUCCAAGGAUGUCUCUGCUCUCCAGAACGCCAAGGGCUCCAGUGUGAGAAAGAAGGCAUGCCAAGGAUGGUCCCAAAGAUAGAGGAUUUGCCGGAUCACAUAGAAGUUAACAGUGGUAAAUUUAAUCCCAUCUGCAAGGCGUCUGGCUGGCCACUGCCUGCUAAUGAAGAAAUGACUCUCGUGAAGCCGGAUGGAACGGUGCUCCAUCCAAAAGACUUCAACCAUACGGGUCAUCUGUCAGUGGCCACAUUCACCAUCCACCGGAUCCUCCCCCCUGACUCAGGGGUCUGGGUCUGCAGUGUGAACACAGUGGCUGGGAUGGUGGAAAAGCCUUUCAACAUUUCUGUUAAAGUUCUUCCAAAGCCCCUGAAUGCCCCAAACGUGAUUGACACUGGACAUAAUUUUGCUGUCAUCAACAUCAGCUCUGAGCCUUACUUUGGGGAUGGACCAAUCAAAUCCAAGAAGCUCCUAUACAAACCUGUUAAUCAUUAUGAGGCUUGGCGGCAUAUUCAAGUGACAAAUGAGAUUGUUACACUCAACUAUUUGGAACCUCGCACAGAAUACGAGCUCUGCGUGCAGCUGGUCCGGCGUGGAGAGGGCGGGGAAGGGCAUCCGGGACCCGUGAGACGCUUCACCACUGCUUCUAUCGGUCUCCCUCCUCCAAGAGGUCUUAUUCUCCUACCAAAAAGUCAGACUACUCUAAAUUUGACCUGGCAACCAAUAUUUCCAACCUCAGAAGAUGACUUUUAUGUUGAAGUGGAGAGGAGGUCUGUGCAAAUGAAUAGCGACCAGCAGAAUAUCAAAGUCCCAGGCAACUUGACUUCAGUGCUACUUAACAAUUUACACCCCAGGGAGCAGUACAUAGUCCGAGCCAGAGUCAACACCAAGGCCCAGGGGGAAUGGAGUGAAGAUCUCAUCGCUUGGACCCUUAGUGACAUUCUCCCUCCUCAACCAGAAAACAUUAAGAUUUCUAACAUCACAGACUCCUCAGCCAUGAUCUCUUGGACAAUCUUGGAUGGCUAUUCUAUUUCUUCUAUUAUCAUCCGUUACAAGGUUCAGGGCAAAAAUGAAGACCAGCACAUCGAUGUGAAGAUCAAGAAUGCCACCAUUACCCAGUAUCACCUCAAGGGCCUAGAGCCUGAAACAGCUUACCAGGUGGACAUUUUUGCAGAGAACAACAUAGGGUCAAGCAACCCAACCUUUUCUCACGAACUGAUGACCCUUUCUAAAUCUCAAGCACCAGCGGACCUUGGAGGCGGGAAAAUGCUGCUUAUAGCCAUCCUUGGCUCGGCAGGAAUGACCUGCCUGACGGUGCUGUUGGCCUUCCUGAUCAUGUUGCAAUUGAAGAGGGCAAAUGUCCAAAGGAGAAUGGCCCAAGCUUUCCAAAACGUGAGGGAAGAGCCAGUUGUGCAGUUCAACUCAGGAACUUUGGCCCUGAACAGGAAGGCCAAAAACAACCCAGAUCCUACAAUUUAUCCAGUGCUUGACUGGAAUGACAUCAAAUUUCAAGAUGUGAUCGGGGAGGGUAACUUUGGCCAGGUUCUUAAGGCGCGCAUCAAGAAGGACGGCUUACGGAUGGACGCUGCCAUCAAGAGAAUGAAAGAAUAUGCCUCCAAAGAUGACCACAGGGACUUCGCUGGGGAACUGGAGGUUCUCUGUAAACUUGGCCACCACCCAAACAUCAUCAAUCUCUUGGGAGCGUGUGAACAUCGUGGCUACCUGUACCUGGCCAUCGAAUACGCUCCCCACGGAAACCUCCUGGACUUCCUGCGCAAGAGCCGAGUGCUGGAGACCGAUCCCGCCUUUGCCAUUGCCAACAGCACCGCCUCCACGCUGUCCUCCCAGCAGCUUCUCCAUUUUGCAGCAGAUGUGGCCCGUGGCAUGGACUACUUGAGCCAGAAACAGUUUAUCCACAGGGAUCUGGCUGCCAGGAACAUUUUAGUUGGUGAAAACUAUGUAGCCAAAAUAGCAGAUUUUGGAUUGUCCCGAGGUCAAGAAGUAUAUGUGAAGAAGACAAUGGGAAGGCUCCCAGUGCGCUGGAUGGCAAUCGAGUCGCUAAAUUACAGUGUGUAUACAACCAACAGUGAUGUAUGGUCCUAUGGAGUGCUCCUAUGGGAGAUCGUUAGCUUAGGUGGCACUCCUUACUGCGGGAUGACAUGUGCAGAGCUGUACGAGAAGCUGCCCCAGGGCUACAGACUGGAGAAGCCUCUAAACUGUGAUGACGAGGUGUAUGAUCUAAUGAGACAGUGCUGGCGGGAGAAGCCUUAUGAGAGGCCGUCAUUUGCCCAGAUAUUGGUGUCCUUAAACAGGAUGUUAGAAGAACGCAAGACUUACGUGAACACCACGCUUUAUGAGAAGUUUGCCUACGCAGGGAUCGACUGCUCGGCUGAGGAGGCAGCCUAG